ACGCGGGCUGCCAGGAAUACGUUUUGUCGGAGAAACUCUCCGCGGGAAAUUCCAAUUUUUGCAAAUUUCCCAAUAUUUUUUCACUCAUUAUUUUCUAUUCAAGUGAAUUAAUUAUCAUUAACGAUUGGAUGUUAGAUUCUCCACAAUUGCACGCAAAUGACAUAUUCAUCAUUGUGAUGGGGGCAAUUUCAAUGGACUCCUUACAGUGUUAUCAUCUCCAUCCUUGCUCAAUCAUUUCCGAUAUGAUCAACGCUUAGUGCCAAACACAAACAUCAAUACCCCAUUUCCCUCACAAAGUUUAUUACAACAGUCCCCUGACCAUGAAAAUCUAUACUGGCACGAGGAUACUCCAGUGCUUGCCAAACGCACGAGCAUAAUGCAUCCACCUCAGCGACUGACCAGUUUAUUCACCCUAAUAUUGUAUAUUUUUUUCAAAAUCCUGGGCCUCGCACCAUUUACGGUGCAUAUCAAUGCCAUAAAAAAAUCCCCUAUUAUCAGCUUCUCUCGUCUCGGAACUUUCUACAACAUCAUUCUAAUAGUGAUAGUGAUACUCCUGAGCCCAAGCUCAAUGGUGGCAAUAGAUAGGAUUGAGUACGAGGGAAAGACGUCGACAACUCGGGGGAUCGCCCUGGCAAAGGCUGUAAUAGGAUUGGCAGUAUUGGUGAUAGUGUGGCUCUAUAUUAUUUUCAAUCAGAAAAGCACCGCCAGAAUAGCUUACAUAUGGCAGCAGAUGGACGAGACCAUGAGAACCCUAGCUCACAUGAAGUAUCGCAGUCUGAGUAGGAUUCAGGUACCCGUCUACUUUGCCUUGAAUGUCUUCAUCUGGAUAAAUAUAAUCUGGACCGAUCUGAUGGAGUUUGAGAAGUGGUUUAAAGCGACUUUCGUCGCCAUCAUCAUUCCCAGUUUCGUAUUCACUUGGCUAAUGCUCGAGUACACAUUUAUUCUAAUUCUUUUAAGGGAUAGGUUUAGAGCUCUCAAUGAGAAACUCAAUCGCAUCUCCUCGGUGGCUUUUGUUGUGCCCUAUUAUUGUGAUUCAGCGGAAUGGAGCCUUGAUGGUAUCAUCAGCAAAGAUUUACUCAUCAUCAAAAUGUCUCAUGAAAUUCUGUAUGAGCUUGUUUGUAAUAUUUCGAAUUUGUACUCAUUUCCCAUUCUUCUUGUAAUUUCGGUGCUGAGCGGGAUGGUUAUUUAUUCAUCGUAUUAUUUCUUUAUGAUGCUGAUGCUGACUGAUAAUGUCAAGCUACUCAUUAUAUUCAACUCUGUGUGCUAUAUCUCGAUGGAGAUGUUUCCUAUCAUCGCUCUUUCGUUUGGAGUUACUAAAAUUAUCAAUGAGAUAAAGCUCACGCCGGUGGCGAUCCACAAACUCCUGACACGAUCUUUUGUCAAAUCAAAGGUGAAAUCUCAGCUGAAAUUAUUUUCACUGGAAUUACUGCACAGAAACAUAUCAUUCACUGGUGGAAAUAUCUUUUCUCUCGAUGGAACACUUCUUCACUCUAUACUCAACACAACGGCAACGUACCUAGUCAUCUUGUAUCAAUUUGCACAAUCGGAUAAAACUAUUUCAUCCACCAAUUGUCGAAUAACUAACAAAACUUCCAGCAAGAGUUUCUAUAAUCUAAGCGAUUCUCUUGCUGAUAUAACUCAUGUAAAUGAUGAAUUAAUGAUAAACCAUCGGAGUCAUAGGGUUCUUUUCGGGCUGUCAGUUCAAAAAAUGAUCUAUCUAUUUUUUAAAGUAAUCGGCCUACUGCCCUUUACCGUAAAGCUGCAAAGCGAGCAUUCCAAAAAAAUGGAAAUUUCAUUUCUCGGACUAGUAUAUAAUGGAAUUUUGAUAAUUGUCACCCUAGUUCUGAGUGUCCCAGCAGUUGGCUCUUUCUACAACGCAACAUUUGAUUAUAACGCUGGUCUAGCGAGGCUAGUCGGCAUGACAAGAGCAAUAGCGGGAACUAUCGUUGCUCUUAUCAUCUGGUUGGUAGUUUGUCUGAAACAAGAGAAGGCUGUCGAAAUAGCCAAUCGAAUAUUUACAGUUGACAAGAUGCUUGUGACAUUGAAACACAUUUGUCCACAAAAAUUUGGACACUUCAAAGUUACUGCUAUUAUUUCAGUGAACUUUUUCAUAUUUGUCAUCAUCUUUUGGCUGGACUUCUGGCUCUUCGAAACCCUCAUUAAAUCAAUUUUCAUGAUAACAAUUGUACCCAAUAUGAUAUUCAGCUGGUUUCUCAUCCAAUACUCGCUCAUUCUUAUAUCAAUUGAGAUUAAAUUUAAAACUGUCAAUCGAGGAAUCAUGCGUCUCUCUGGCAGCAACUACAAUCUCAUUGAGAUUAACAGCUCUAGUGCUAUGAAAGAUCUGCAUGACAUGAUUACUGUUCAUGGGAUACUCUGUGAUAUAUGUGCUGAUCUUACUGAUUUCUACUCAUUUCCGGCUCUCUUGCUAAUUACGGUUUCCUGCGGAGGUAUUCUCACGACAUCUUAUUAUUUCAUUGCUCCGCUCUUGGCCAAUGAUAUUUUAAUUUGGAGGAGCAUCGAUAGGCUUGCUUAUUUCGCUAUGGAGGCUUUUCCAAUUGUUAUGUUAUCAAUCAAUGUCACGAGAAUUAAUCACGAGAUGAAGUUUACAACAGUAAUCGUUCACAAGCUUCUCUCACAAUUUCUGCCCGACCGUCAAUUUAAAUACGAGUUGGAGACAUUCUCAUUGCGAUUACUUCACCAACGAUUCGAGUUCACCUGCUGCGGUAUAUUUUCACUGGACUGCACGCUUCUCCAUUCGGUAAGUUCUCCUACAAAAAAUUUAAGGCCCACAUUGGAGUUAGAAAAUUUCAUUUUUCAGAUUGCUAACAUGACUGCAACCUAUCUCGUAAUUAUCAUUCAGUUCGACGGUUACAAGAAAACGUCGGAAGGUCACGUGACCUUCAAUUGUAGUAGUCCUUGUACUAUUCUUGAUGAAAUAUGUACUUUGAGAAAUUGUUCAAGUUCACAGUAUACCCAGUCAAUCGGUUAUGAGUAAAGAUUUACAGGUGAUUUGUAAUGCUUAGGGAAAUUUGAUGAUUGCUUUUAAAAUAAAAUCAAACUGAAGAAUAUUGAUGAUUUUCUUGGAUAAAUAAUAACAUCUUUAAACAUUUUUCGAGUGGAAAAUUGUUCGACAAGGAACAAUAAUUCUACUGUAGAACUGUAAUUAACAAAUGAAAUCUCACAACACAAUUAUUACCGCGGGAUAUUGAGUGAAUUUUUUUAUGAAGCAAUUGUCUGUAUUAAAAAAUUUCAGUGAAUAAAACCAUUGUAUUAUUAUUCUUCAACUUUCCAUUAACUUCCUUAUUAAAAUAUAAUGGAAAAUUAUUUUCUGUCCCAACACAGCACACACUCAAUUUGAAUUUACAAAAGUCAAAGAUACGUUGUGAAAAUCGACUAAAAAAUACACCACAUAUAAACGAUGUAAACGAUGAAUUAUUUAAAAUUUACAUGAAAAUGGGUCAUUCUGUCUCCACAAGCCCUAGAUGUAUAUCAGCUUUUGAUGAGUUAUCUUUAUCACAUGCCUCUUCCCACGUUUAUCGAUGAUUCCGCGCACUUAA